UCUUCUGCUAUUGAGCUCCAACCUUAUUGAACACCUUUGUGAUGAAUGUGAACACUGACUGCACCCCAGGAACCUCCUCACCUUCUCACCUACAUCACUACUUGACUUUAAUAACACACAUGUAGCUAUGAAUCUCCACUAUUGUCCAUAAGCACACUCCAACAUCUAGUGGAACAUCUUCCCAGAAGAGUGGAGGGAAUUAGAAGAGCAAACUGGGACUAAAUGUGGAAUGUGAGGGUUAAAAAGCACAUAACAUACUUAUGACCAGGUGCCUGCAAACUGUUGGUAAUAUAGUGUAUCUGAGAAAAGAUCAUCGUGUCCCAAAUCACACACAGCAUUUACAGUGAGGCCAGGUGCAUUAUGGGUACACACUUUGUGCAAUCAGGUGAUUUUUAUUAAAAGAUGAUAAAAAUAAGGUGUGUGUUGAUGAAUAAAUGGUGAUUUUCUUUAUUCUUCCUUUAUUUAGAUGUGAUUUAGUUUUGAUUUCCUCCCUGUCUUGCACUGAGCGUUUCUCGGCGUCGUUAGAGUCAUUAGUAUGAGAUGAGGAGUAAUAAAUGUUUACGGCCCUCAUCACGUCAUCGUAAAGUUAUUACAGACUGGAUCUCCACUCACGGUUCCUCUAUAUAAAGGAGGAAGAACGUGAGAAGGAUCGGAUUUGUCUUCAGGUAUAGGAGAUCUCAUCACUCAGCGCGAUGUGCAGGAAGACGAGCAAGAUCACACCAUGUUCCUCUCUGGAGGUUCUCCUGAGCACCGUGACCAUCGUGUUGUUUCUCGUGUGUGUGGGACUCGCGGUCGUGUCCUGGUUAGCGCUCCAGCCGGGUACUGAAGGACAAACAGGAAGCAGUAAUUCAUCAUUCAGUGGAACUCUGACCAUCUCUCAGGGAGCGAGUUUCAGUGAGGAGCUCAGGAACAGGAGCAGCGUGGACUUUAAAGCUCUGGCCUUUGAUACGGAGCUUCUGAUCUCAGACGCGUAUUCACUCAGCACCUUAAAUACUGAGUUCAGGAGCUGCAGAGUCACUGAGUUCAGUCCAGGCAGUGUGAUAGUGCACUACACUGUGCUGUUUGGAGAUGUUGUCGAAGUAUCAGUGGUGCAGCAGCAGUUAAUCUCCGGUUUACAGAAAAUUCCAGACUCAACACUCGUCAUCAACAGCAGCAGUGUUCAGAUCACAGUUAUUUCCACCACACCGAUUCCCCCGACAACUACACCUCAACCAGUAAGAUGUCCGGAAGGACAGAAAUUGUGCAGAGACGAUGUGACUUGUGUUGAUAUAAACAGUUAUUGUGAUGGAGAACUGAACUGCCCAGACGGCUCAGACGAGUCUAACAGCACCUGUGCGACGGUGUGUGAUGGACAGUUUCUCUUGUUGGGGCCAAGUGGAUUUUUUUACAGUAAUAAUUUCCACCUGGAUGAUAGAAGUGAUGCAGUCUGUCGCUGGAUUAUACGAGUUAAUGAAGGUCUGAUUAUAAAGAUUGAUUUUGAGACUUUUGAUUUGGAGCUUGGUGUCGAUGUUCUGAGUGUGUACGAGGGAAUCGGAGCUGCCAAAAUCCCCACCUACUCACUUUCAGGUUCAUCUCCUGGAGUCAUUCGCAUUUUUUCCCAUGAGGCCACAUUGCAGUUCAGGUCCGAUUUCACCAACAACAGUCGAGGCUUUAAAGCCACCUACCGAGAGGAGAACCUCACGCACAUCAGCAAUGAGGAGAAGAUAAACUGCUCGUUUGAGGACGGAUUCUGUUUCUGGAGACAUGAUGUUUAUGAUGAUGGAGAUUGGAUCAGGAGGAACGGAUCUUCUCCACCCUCUGUGACCGGGCCGAGCUUCGACCACACCUUCACUAACCAGUCAGGGUAUUACAUCAUAACUCCGCCCCUUCCAGGAAGUUGGGAGAGGAUGUUCCUUCUCCGUAGUCUCCCGUUGGCUCCUGCAGGAGAAGUGAUGUGUUUGAGGUUCUGGUAUCACAUGCUCGGGGAGAACGUGCAGAGUCUGAUUGUAAACACAGAGAGAGACUCGACCUCCACACCCCUGUUCCAGAAAGAGGGAAACUACGGAAACAACUGGAAUUACGGACAAAUAACCCUGAACGCCACGACAGAUCAGACGAUCGUAUUUGCAGCUCGGAAGAGAGGAGGCACCAGGAACAAUAUUGCCCUGGAUGACCUCAGUCUGACCUCUGGGCCGUGUGGAGUGGCACCACCUGGGCCGACCACCGUCCCACCUCCGACCACGCCUCCUCCGGGACCUGCUGAUUGUGGAGGUCCGUUUGACCUUUAUGAACCAAAUACGACCUUCAGCUCACCAAAUUAUCCUCACAGCUACAGACACAACGCAUCAUGUGUGUGGAUUCUGCAUGCUACACAAGGACAAAAUAUCCAGCUGCAUUUCCAGGACUUCUCGUUAGAGGCAGCGUAUGACUUGCUGGAGGUUCGAGACGGAGUCGAGCCGAAUUCCACUUUACUGAGUGUGUUGACGGGGACAGAUUUUCCUGAUAUCUUCUCCACGGGCUCGGAGAUGACGGUGAUGUUUUACUCUGAUUCCACUGGAAGUUAUCGUGGAUUUCUGGCAAACUUCAGCACCGGCUUUAACCUCGGCCAAGCGGUGGCGUGUCAGGACACAGAGUACCGCUGCAGAUCUGGAGUGUGUGUGCCGGCUGACAGUGUGUGUGACGGUGUCAGUAACUGCCCCGACGCCUCAGACGAGGCACAGUGUGUGAGUUUAUCAGCAGUUUCUGUUCCUGGAUCUCCUCGGCUGAAGAUUGAGGUUGGAGGUCGUCUCCACUCGGUCUGUUCCUCUGACUGGAGCUCUCACUUCUCCACAUACUUCUGUAAAUAUUUGGGCUACAGAUCAGGAACUGCUGAUUUUGUAUCUGUGCUGCAUGAAGACGCUCCGUUUGUUAUAGUGUCUCCGGCUGCAGGCGGCUCAGUGAGUGUGAAGCCCAGUGAAAAAUGUCCCAGUGAGAAGGUCGUGUCGCUCCACUGCGAUAACCAGCCGUGCGGGAAACGGAAGGUGCUGAUAAACUCUGAGUCGAAGAGACCGGAGGAUGAAGGUGAAGAUGCAGAUGGGAGGAUUGUGGGAGGAGAGAACGCAGUAAAGGGGGCGUGGCCAUGGGUCGCCUCGUUACACUGGGUAGGAAAAAACAUCUGCGGAGGAACGCUGAUCGACUCUCAGUGGAUCGUCACGGCGGCACACUGCGUCUUCGGGAGGAACAUCCACCUGUCCAACUGGAACGUGAUUCUGGGUCUUCACGCUCAGUACGAGUCGAACACUUCAGACAGACAAAGUCAUCAAAUCGACAGGAUUAUCAUAAACCACAACUACAACAGAAGAACUAAAGACUCCGAUAUCGCUCUCAUACACUUACAGAAAAGAGUCAAUUUCACAGACUACAUCCAGCCGAUCUGCCUGCCCAAUCCUGAUCAGCAGUUUGCGGCGGGGAGGAAGUGUGUGGUCGUAGGCUGGGGAAGAUUAACUGAAGGAGGUAAAGUAGCUGAUGUGUUACAGCAGGCCGUGUUGCCCCUCAUUAAUAACAGUGUGUGUCAGGAGAGACUUCCUGAAUAUAACAUCACUGAGCGGAUGCUGUGUGCGGGAUACAGAGGAGGAAUUGACACCUGUCAGGGCGACUCUGGAGGACCGCUGAUGUGUGAUGAAGGUUCUGGGUCCUGGGUGUUGGCGGGGGUGACGUCGUUCGGUGUGGGCUGCGCUCGACCAGGACGUCCAGGAGCUUACGCCGGGUCUCAAACUUCAUAGACUGGAUUUUGGAAAGUCGACGCGUGUCCUCGCACUGGGACGGAGCAAGAUGAGGAUGAUUGGAUGUAAAUAGGAUGAGGAUGAUUGGAUGAUUCGAUGUUCAAACCUCACGCUGUACAGAAGAAGAUUAUCUGUUGGUUUCAAUAAUAAAAGCAGUGGUUUUAAUAUUUAUGCCUGUAAUCCAGUGGAUCUGAAUAAAAUGAUUUAAACUCAG